UAAGGAGGGCAUCGAGAGGGGCCAGGAGGACAGGGCAGAAGAGAUAUGAGGAGCAGGUGUGGAGUGAGGCUGAGGUGAAGCAACCCUGGGACAGGGCCCAGGAUGGGGUUACAGCAAACAGCCAAUCAACCAGGGCUGAGGAAAAGAAAUCAACCAACCAAGCCCCGUUAGCUAUUUCAGUCUCCCCUUGUGAGCCCCCGAUCGGUUUCACUGCCCCUCUCUGAACUCCUUGAAGUUUGGCAGUAACUACCCGCUGUUCAGCUGGGGACUUCGCAGAGGGGCUGAGCACACGGUCCAGGUGAGGUCUCCCCUGAGUCAGAGAUUUGUGACGACCGAAGAGCAUAUUCCAGGAGCCAUGAAAGACACCAACUCUGUUAAGCAUCUCCGGGGGCUCGUUACUUGUUCUCUCUGCCUGGAGCGCUGUCGAGAUCCAGUGAUCAGACACUGUGGGCACAACUUGUGCCAGGCCUGCAUCAACCGGCCCCAGAGAGAAGUGACAGAGCAAAUCACCUGCCCGUGGUGCAAAGAAGAUUUUCAGGAGGGAAAAUCCGGCUCUGACAACCAACCCUGGAAGGUGGCAGAAAUAGAGAAGCAGUUCCUGUUAGAGGAGCUGAGUUUGUGGCCAGAAGGGGUGUGUGCGAACCACAGAGAAGAGCUAAAACUCUACUGCGUAGAGGAUCAAACCUUCAUUUGCCUUGUCUGCAGGGAUGCCCAGAAUCAUAAAUCACACACACUGAUUCCCAGAGAGGAGGCUGAUAGCAGCAUAAACCAGCACAUCAGGCGUCCCUUGGCCGGCCGGGAGAAGUUUCCAAAAUCAAAGCCAAUUUCUACCGUUAGCGGAGACAUAAAUAGGGUGGAGCUGGCGAAGCAGGCUGAGAACGGUGACCCAGUCGGACUCAAAGACGAUCCAUCUUUCUCCAAGAUCCAGACAUUCAUGGCGUGGAUGGUCCUACUCAUUUUCCUGAUUGCGAUCGGAGGAUUGAGCGCCACCAUAUUUGUUUUCACACGAGCUGCCAUCAAACCUGACACGGCUGCUCUGACGGCGUCUGCUGCCCCCUGCUGUGCAGAAGGCUGGAUCGCCUCCCAAGGAAAGUGCUACUAUUUUUCUGAAGCGGAAGGGAACUGGAAAUCCGGCCAGAAUCACUGCGCUUCACACGGUGCCUCUCUGGCUGCAAACAGUAGCUUAGAGGCUCUGAAUACCGCAGUGCACCAUAAAGGCCCCUCCAAUCACUGGGUUGGACUGCGGAGGGAACCGGGCCAGCCCUGGAGAUGGGUGGAUGGCGCCGCAUUCAACCACCCCUUUGGGGUCAGAGGAGCCGGACUCUGCGCUUACCUGGCUGACGGCGUUGUGAACAGCGCAGGCUGCGACACCGAGAGGCAGUGGGCCUGCAGCAAGCCGGACGGAGAGACCGGGGGGAAGCAGAGGACCCCAAAGUGCUAAGGGCAGCCAAACUGCAGGCUUAGGCUACAGCGUGACUGUAAUAGUAGCCCCGUGGUGGGAGCCAGGCUGGACCUCUCUGGACGACGCCAGAGCAAAUCUGGGCAGUUUGCCUCUAACUAACAUUAUUCUCUAAAUGUCACCAUCACAGACUGGGAGGACAGACAGAUCCAUAGUCAUCUAGAAGCCCAGUGCUAACAUCCCACAAGUCUGAAGGGUCUGAUUUUUAAAACAAGUGAUCUAUUUAACCAAGCCACAGAAAUCAUAAGAACACAAGAACGGCCAUCCUGGGUCAGACCAAAGGUCCAUCUAGCCCAGUCUCCUGUCUUCCGACAGUGGCCAAUGCCAGGUGCCCCAGAGGGAAU